AUGGAGAACAAAGCAGAGCGUAGGGUUAACAACAGCAGCCCUUCAGGGGCCCCUGGGGGGCCCCUAGGGGCCCAGAGCAGCAAACCGCUUCAGCAGAUCGAGCAGCAUAAGAAGGCAGCUGAGCAGCAGCAGGCUGCAGGAACAGCAGCAGCACAGCUACCACCAACAGCAGCAGCAUUUGCAGCAGCAGCACGGCAGCAGAAAGGAGAUGAUGCUGCUGCAGCUGGUGUAAGAACAGCAAUUGGGUUCCCAGCAGUUGUAGGAGCAGCACCAGCAGCUGCAGCAGCAGAUGAAGCUGCAGAAGCAGCAACAGCAGAAACAACAGCAGCAGCAGAAGCAGCAGCAGCAGAAGAAGAAGCAGCUGAAAGACGCAGCAGGAGACGCCCCACACUAACCCUGGCGGAGCUACCAAAGCGCGUGCUUGAUUGCCAGGUGUUAGCUUGUUUAAUGUAUCCGCCUUUGAUGGGUUUGACUCUUCACUCGAAUGCCUUUUGUCGUACGCCUUCAAUGGAUGAUGCAUCUCCUUUUGAGGGGCCCUCUUGGUUGCCUGGGGGCCCCCCAGGGAGUGCUGCUGCAGCAGCUGCUGCAGCAGCAGCAGCAGCAGAAGCAGAUGCUGCAGAUGCUGCUGCACGUGCAGGAGAUGCUGCAGGCUUCAUGCAGACGCAUGAUGGUCCUGCUACUGCUGCUGACGGUGCAGCAACAACAGCAACAGCAGCAGCAAAAACAGCAGCAGCAGCAGCAGCAGCAGCAGCAGCAGGGGGGCCCCUUGACUUUUGCCCUGCUGCCUUCCGUGUACCGUUUCCAGAUGAUGUUACAUCUAAAGCAAAGGAGUAUUUAGCUGCUGUUGGCUCUGUGGGGGCCUAUUCACACUCUCAAGGAGUUAAACAAUUACGUGAAAAGAUUGCUGUUUGGUUUGAAGAGAGAGACGGCUUUGCUGUAGACCCUGACGAUCUCUUUCUGACGGAUGGUGCAUCUGCUGCAGUAGCGCGUAUAAUAGAAGUGCUGUAUCGGAGCGCUGAAGACGGCUUAUUAAUUCCUAUCCCUCAGUAUCCACUCUAUGCGGGGCUCUUAACUCGAAUAGGGGCGAGGAGCGUCGGUUAUUACUUAAAUGAAGAUAAGGGUUGGUCUCUGGAAGCAGAAGAAGUAGAGAGGGCUUUGAAUGAAGCACGCGCUGCAGGGACGAAGGUUCGAGGCAUUGUGAUGAUAAACCCGGGAAACCCCACAGGGCAACUCAUUAAAGAAGAUCAGAUAAGAGAGGUUGUAAUGCUAUGCCAACGCGAACGCCUCGUGUUGCUGGCUGACGAAGUCUAUCAAGAAAAUGUGUAUGGAGACACGCCCUUCGUCUCGGCCAGAAGGUGCUGCCUUGUUUAUUUAUUUACACAACAACAAAACCUUGUCGCUUAG